AUCACUCUCCACAUGUUUUGGACUGCGAUUAGAUGUAUUUGCACCUUUGAGCAAAAUAAAGAAAAAUAAUAAGUAAGUGUACUUUGUAAAACAAAAAUGCCACGUAGAUGUUUGAUGCUGGUCACCAUUGUUGUGUUCAUCACCACCGAAGCUGUUUCAGGUGAAGAUGUGAAGAAAGCAGUGGGUGAUGUGGUGUGUUUUCGUCCAGACAAAAUACAUCCUAAUGUCACCAGCCUUAUAUGGAAACAGAGAAGCAGCAGUGGAAUUGUUGUCAAGGCGAUUGAAUGGGAUGAUGAUGGGACUAAAAUCCCAAACCAGAGAUUCCAAAACAUCACAACCCUUAAUAACGAGACUGGAGAAAUCACUAUAUCUAAGUUAACUGUCAAACACAGUGGAGUUUAUACCAUUGACAUCAACAGUAAAGAGCAGGAACAAAGAUUCCUGUUGACUGUUGUGGAGCGGGUCCCUAAACCUGUGAUAAAAAUAGAGAUGAGCACUAACCCUGAUGUUGUGUAUGUAAUAUGCGAGUACAGUGAAACGAUCAUCUGGAAGAAUUCUUCUGGAGAAACACUAGGCUCAAAGCACUAUCCGAAAGGAGAGUUCAUCGCAGUUAAAAAACAAGGAAAUCCAGAAAACUACUUAACCUGCACGCUCAAGAACGCCAUCAGUGAGGAGACCAGUGAUCCGGUCUAUGAGAGAGAUCUGUUUAAAGAUUCAAACUCAAGUCUUGUCAUUUCAAUCAUCAUUCCUUUGAUUGCUGUGGUUCUCGUCAUCCUUCUCCUGUUUCUCAUAAUUCGUUUUCACGGUCAUUUUGCUGCUUGCCGGAGAAACCCAAGAUUUACAAAAGAUCUGGAGUUUGAAGAUUCCUCAGCCUGAGCCCUCUCUCAUCUGAAAGAUAUCAAAGACAAGAUGCUCAAAACAUUGCCAUAUUUCAAUAAUUUAAAAAUGCUUUUAAAUGUUCAUCAUAUAUAUAUAUAUAAGCGUGAGACACUGCCAGUGAAUAUGGUAAAAAAAAAAACAAAAAAACAAAAAGCAAAAACCUAAUAGUUAUCACCUUACUUCGCAAAUGAGGCAUUUUUUAAUGAAAUAUGCGCUAAUUUACAUACAUUUCUAGUACAAAAAUCUAAACACUGGAUGAAGUCAGUUUAAAAAUUCUUGUUGAAUUUUUUUGACAUAUUGGAGUCAAAAGUUUUUACAGAAGGAAUUUAGUCACUCCAUAAAAAAACUUUGAACAGACAGAAAACAACAUAUUUUUACUGUUUUUUUGUGAGAAUAAAACGUAUAAAAUCAAGCAAAUUAUAUAUGAACAAAUCCAUCUGUAAAAACCUUCAGGAUAUAGACAGGAAUAAAAAUGUGUAGAAGAAAAAACUCAUUUUGAGAAAACGGUCUUUAAAAUAUGAAUUACAAUUAAAAUC